UAAUAUUAUCUCAGGUCGAAUGCUUAGAAGUGCUGAGAUAAUAUGAAAACGGCGACGUCCAGUUGUCCAUUUUUGGCUUUGACUCUAUUUCCUUCCGUCCGUAUAUUCCUCAAAUUCGUGAAGGUUUUUAACAGUUCGACGUAAAACAGAUAGCCAUUUUCUUGUCCCAGCCCCAUUAUAAACUGGCCCAAACUGAUCGGAUAUCGAUCUCGUCGCGAACGAAACACAAUCAGAUCAAGAACGGAAGAUCAAAGCAAAGGGUCAAGUUUUCUAAAGAAAGGGAUUUAAAAUUGAUAGCGAUCGAUUUGAAACUGAUUGAAUAGGUUUAAAACAAAAUCAAAGAUGGAGGAGAAGCUACUGAAUAAGGAGGAGAAAAACAAGUACAGUAUCAUAAUCCCAACUUACAACGAGCGCCUCAACAUUGCUCUCAUCGUUUAUCUCAUCUUUAAGCAUCUCAGGGAUGUUGACUUUGACAUUAUUGUUGUGGAUGAUGGAAGUCCUGAUGGUACUCAGGACGUUGUAAAGCAGUUGCAGCAAGUUUACGGUGAACAUCGCAUUUUGUUAAGACCCAGACCUAAAAAGCUUGGUUUAGGAACGGCUUAUGUUCAUGGUUUAAAGCAUGCUACUGGAAAUUUUGUUGUGAUCAUGGAUGCUGACCUAUCUCACCAUCCAAAGUACUUGCCAAGCUUUAUCAAGAAACAGUUGGAGACUGGUGCCAGUGUAGUCACUGGAACCAGGUAUGUUACAGAUGGCGGUGUACAUGGUUGGAAUCUUAUGCGCAAACUGACAAGUAGGGGAGCAAAUGUUCUUGCACAAACACUCUUAUGGCCUGGUGUAUCUGAUUUGACAGGAUCUUUCCGGCUUUAUAAGAAAUCGGCACUUGAAGAUAUUAUAAGCUCUAUAGUAAGUAAGGGAUAUGUCUUUCAAAUGGAGAUGAUUGUUCGAGCUUCCAGAAAAGGGUACCAUAUUGAGGAGGUUCCAAUAACUUUUGUCGAUAGAGUUUAUGGAAGUUCAAAGCUUGGAGGAUCUGAAAUUGUUGAAUAUCUAAAAGGCCUUGCAUAUCUUUUGGUCACAACAUAAGAGGCAUUGCAAAUGACAAAAAGAAAAACCCUUUUUUUGGCAAUACUUUUUUGUAACUCUUUUUGUGAUUGAAAUGUGAGACUUGUUUUUUUA